UCUAAUAGUCUAAAACAUUUCAUUUUACCAUCGGAUAAAAACAAGCUGUCCAAAAAAAUUAAAGCCAAAUGCAAGCACUGCUCUAGUGAGAUUAGUGGCAGCAUAAAUGUGACAUCAAACUUUCUUACACACAUGCGGAGAAAACGUCGUGAUAUCCUGCUAGAUGUUGUUGGAAAUAAAGCAAAACAGGAAAUAGCUGCCUCAGACCAAACACCUGUGACUGAAUACCUAAAAGGAAAAACUAAAUAUUCUGCAUCAGAUCCACGUCAGACCUUGAUAACCAAUGCGCUGGUAUCUUAUAUUGCUGGUGACCUUGUUCCUUUGUCAGUUGUGGACAGUCAGUACUUUAAGAAUCUCAUGGAGAAGGCAGAUCCAAAAUAUCAGGUUCCAAUUCGUAAGCAUUUGACAAGUAAACUUAUUCAUGGAAAAUGUGCAGAAUUAAAAAAUGAUAUCAAGUUUCAGUUGAAAUCUGCGCAGAGUGUAUGCUUGACGCUAGACCUAUGGACAAAUAGACAAAUGAGAGCUUUUCUGGGAGUUACUGGACAUUUCAUACAGGAAUGGCAGUUAAAAUCUGUAAUGCUGGCUUGUUCUAGGUUUUAAGGCAGACACACAGGUGAAAAGAUACGUCAAGAGUACGAAGAAACCAUCGCAUGCUUUGAAAUUGGGCACAAAGUAUCAAAUAUUGUAACAGACAAUGCAGCUAAUAUGUUCAAAGCAUUUAACUGUCCACUUCCAGGCUUUGAUGAAUCACAAACAUCUGAUGAGGAUGAUAAUUUAAAAGCAGUUGAGAGUCUAUGUGAUGAAACUGAAAGCUGUGAAACUGAAACAGAUACUUUUGAUAACUUUCCAAAGCAUUGCAGCUGUUUUGCUCAUUCCUUACAACUUGUUGUAAAAGAUGGUCUUGCCCAGUGUGGAAAUCAUUUGAAGCAGCUUAUUUCAAAGGCUUCUACAAUUGUCAGCUAUGUUAGAAAAUCUGUUUUGGCACCAGAGUAUCUUGAAGAUGAGAAACGCUUACAAGCUGCUAAUUGUACAAGGUGGAACUCACAGUUAUAUAUGAUUCAGUCAGUUUUGGCAGUGCCGGAGGAUAAACUUAGCUCACUUGAUUGUCCACAGAAACUGUCUUCCUAUGAAAGAAAACUUCUGGGUGAAGUUUGUCAAAUUCUCUAGCCAUUUGAAGAGGCUACGUUAGAAGUUCAUCGAGAAAGAAGUGUUAGUGCCAGUUUGGCUGUACCACUAUGUAUUUCACUAAAAGCUCAGAUGAAAGCAAUGGCUAGUACUUACAAUACAAACAUGGUUACUACACUUAAGGCUUCACUUGACAAACGCCUGUCUAAGUAUGAAGAAAAUGAAGAUUAUUGCAUGGCUUCAAUUUUGGAUCCACGGUUUAAGUUAGCAUGGUGUGAGUCUGACUAUGACAGAGAUCAACACAUUGCACUGUUGAAAAUAAGGUGCAGCACAGUGGUUUUACCAAGCACUGAACACAAGUCACCACCUGAAAAAGUUCCAAAACCAGUGGGUAUUUUAGCUUUUUGCCUAGAACACAUAGAAAGGAGAGACAUAUAUCUGGGAGUAUAAGUGAGACUGACAUGUAUCUGGCAGAAGAUUAACUGGACACUGCUUCAGAUCCUCUUCAUUACUGGGAACCAAAUUCUGAAAAAUACUCUGCUUUGUCAAAGUUAGCACAGACUUAUCUGACCCUUCCUGCCUCUUCUGCUCCAGUGGAAAGACUAUUUUCUAUUGGUGGAAACAAUAUUCGUGCAGAGAGAUGCUCUCUGAAUGAUGAAAACUUUGAAGCCCUGAUGUUUCUUAAGUGCUAUAAGGCGAUAGAAUGACUGUUGUUGAGAUGAAGUAUCCCUAGAGAGUGACAUUUCUGUCAGAUG